UGCAUUCGUUGCCGUCCACUAUUUUUGUCCCAUAGCUAGCCCCGUACUUCUAUUUACGUAUUACAGCGCGGACUCUUGUGUUCAGAUUAAAAUCGUACAUAGAUCAUUCCGAGUGUCGUCGAGAUGAGUCUGAGAAAGCAAACCCCGAGUGAUUUCCUAAAGCAGAUCAUUGGAAGACCUGUAGUGGUAAAACUGAACUCCGGCGUGGAUUACAGAGGUGUUCUGGCAUGCUUGGACGGCUACAUGAAUAUCGCUAUAGAGCAAACGGAAGAGUAUGUGAACGGUCAACUGAAGAACAAGUAUGGAGAUGCAUUUCUGAGGGGAAACAAUGUUCUAUACAUCAGCACCCAGAAGAGGAAAGUUUAAUGUGGAGCAUUUUUAUUUUGUGCUUAUUUUAUUUUGAUUGUUCAAACAUGGUUAUGUUAAGUGGUAGUCGUGUAAAGUUUUUCUAAUGAUGCCGCCAUGGAAGAGUGUUUCCUUUUUUGUAAUUACAAAUCAAUAAAUUCUGAGUUCUUCUUUAUCAGAGCUGUUGUUUUUGUGCAGAAAAUCUAUAUUUUCCAGGAAAGUAUUCAAUCAAACGUGUUAUGAGCAAAGGAAUCUAUUCCUUCC